UGCGAUCCUUCCGGCUGGCUUGACAGAAUAAAACGACAGCGUAAACGCGGAAGUUGGUCUGAAGUCAGCGCAGCAGCGGAGAAACAAAAAGACAAGUAGAAGCUUAACUUCACAUCUGGAAACUUUACUUUUCUUCGACCUGGAAGAAACCUGAGCGCUUCAUCAUGGCGAGUCAAGUUUACUCCCCAACGACGGCGCCGAACCCAAAAGCCUCCUGGUUCAUGGUGCCAUCAGAGAAUCUGGAUAAAAUCCGCUUUGGGAUCAAAGUGGUUGAAGUGCUCUUCUCCUUCGUGGCCUUCGUCCUGGAGGAGGUGGUCAGCACCUGUGUCAGCUGCUCCUCUCUCUACUUCUUUGAGUUCGUCAGCUGCACGGCCUUCCUCUUCACCCUGCUGCUCCUCAUCCUCCUCUCCACCGUCCUGCACACCCGGGUGGGCAUCACCUGCUGGCCCUGCCUGGACUUUGUGUACACCAGUGUCAUCGCUGUGUUGUUCCUCAUCGCCUCCAUCGUCUUUGCUUCAGACCACAGCGGCUCCGCUUACGAGAAAAUUGCUGUGGUGUUUGGUUUCUUUGCGACGGUGCUGUUUACCAUCGACCUCAUCAUGUUUGUGAAGACGCGUGGGUUCCCCUUUAAGAAAGACGGGAAGCCUGAGGCCAGUAACGGCGGCCCGGUGGUGGAUCAGCCUCAACCAGAGGAGGAGAAACUCAACCCGCCGGCUCAAUAAGUCUGUGUGUUUGAUCCUGUGUGCGUUUUCUACCGAGGUCAGAUAUUACUUUUCGCACUAUUCCUUUAACGUGACGACAGGAGGCGGAGCUUCAGUGAGCGACAGCUGAUCUGACAUCAGGUAUAAAUCCUGUUUUUAUUCCACCACUGAGGACGCUCUGAGCUGCGACUGUCAAUGUAAUCAAUGUUCGUAUAAUGACUGGGUGACAGUGCAGAGCGUCCGUCUGUGUGACACUAUGAGACCAGCAGGUGAGUUCUGGUUCUGAGUUAAAGAAACAAUAAAUGUAGAAAGAAGAGCAGAGACACUAAAACCACAGAACCACUAAAUCUUCUGCUGUGUUUUUUUUUUUUUUUUUAAUGAUUUUAACGAGUUCAGUCUAUUGAUUUUUUUCUUUUCCCAAUUAUCCUGAAAUUUAAGGAGCAAUUUUGUCUAUUUUGAUGAUACAAAUCAAAUAUUGUGUAAACGAAUUCCCUAAGUUGAGUGAAAAUUAAAAGGUUUAAGUGCCUAAAUGUGUUUUUAUAUAACUGAGUGGUUCCCAGCCAAGAGGUCCAGACAGCACAUGGGCUCCAGAACAAACCUGAGGGGUUAGAGAAAGAAAAUUAACAUUAUUGUGGCACAAAAUAAUGUGAAUUUUCUCUUAUUUGUUACUUUUUGUGUGAAAUAUUGCACAAUUUACCUCCUCAGGUCACAAAAACUUUUUUUAAAGGAGACCAUCAGAUGAGGUGGAUGCAGUCACACUGAUGAAGGCCACUGUGCUGUUUAUAUUUCACCCUUCAGACGCCUCAUGACAGUAAAAUGUGUACGUUUGUGCUGAAGUGAAAUUAAACUCCACUCAACAGAGAAAAUGUGUGUUUAUGCUGAAUGAUGUGACAGUUGGCCUCAAACAGCAGCAGAGAAAUGAGUCUUUGAUUAGACAUGAUGAAGUUUGACUGUUUGUCAUUCGGAUUCUUGUUGAUGAGGUCAAAAUAAACCAUUUUAUUUCAGAUUGUUUCUAAUUAUAGAUAUGUAGUUUUAUCUGAUUCUGCAGAGAGUCACGAUGUCUCCAGCAGAUGGAGCUGCUCGACUGCUGCAGGACACGUCAACCCUCAAAAUCUGAUUGGCUCGAAUUACAGCAGUUUAGCCCAGCUGUGACUCGUCCUGCUGUGACUCGUCCUGCUGUGACUCGUCCUGCUAUGACUCGUCCAGCUGUGCAGCUUGUUGUCACAAUAAACGAUCAGUAAUCAAUAGAAUACAGAUCAAUAGAACUGUCAGCUCACAGACUUUCUGCUGAGCUCACACGUCCAGUGAGAUGUCGUCUUCGUUGGGUGAAUUUGAAUUUCACCAAACAUUCAGCACACACACUUGGUCAAAUCUUUCCCAUGAGCCUUUGCCAAACGCCCCUCGUUGACUGCGAUCGGGUGGAUAAACAUGGCCGACAGUCCAACCUGACAAAGUUCCGGCAGUGUCUCUCGUGUGACCUCUGACCUCCCUGUGGACCUUCACUUUAUUAUUCCACCACUGUUUCAUGUCUCUGAAAGAUGUUUGUUUUCAUAUUGUUUUAUAUUCCUCAAUGUUUGUGAAUUGUAUUUUAGUGGUUUUGUGUUCAGUUCAUCUGAUCGUCACGCUGACAGUUUGUUUUUCCAUCUGUUCACCAAACUCUCUUUUAUAUUCUGCUGAUUUCAACACUCGCCUUAAUCACUUCGUAUUUUAUAAUUGACUGCUUUAUGAUGGAAAUUUUGCUUUUAUGUUUUGUCAAAUAUAAAAACUCUCAGAUUAUGAGUCAUUUUAAUUAUCCUGUCUGGAUUUAACUGAUUUCAUGGUUAUUGAUCUCAGAUAUUUAAAGGAAUUCUUUACACGAGCAUUGUUGAUUUAAUUACAACCCCAAAUAUAUGAAUUUGUUCAAAGUUUAGGAUUUUGCCCUCAUGAAAGAAGAAAUUAUAUCUAACUAAAUCUUAACUAUCGGAUCAUAAAGGGGUCAUUGAUUGAGUUAUUUACUAUAUUAAGAACAACAGCACCAACAUAAAGAGAACCAGAACCCUCUCACUGACCUGCCUGUGCUUCACUUCAUUUUGAGUCUUUUUAAAAAGAGGUGAAAUAGUCCUUUAAUAUUUUGGGUGUAAUUUCCAGUUGAUCUCCUGAGAAGUCCAAACGGUCACCCCACACACACACACAGGCUUUCUGUCUCGGUCACAUUCAAACAUCUUUAUAGAUGUUUUUAAUUUUUAUGCCCAGAAAAUGAAGCGGACUGCAAGUUCAAAACAAAUACAACCAACUGCCAUCUGUU